UCUCUGGGCGAGCGAGACAGAGAGAGGAGGGUAGAGAGAGGCGGAAACAGGGGGGCACAGUGGACCAACCAUUCAGUCAGUGGGCUUGAGGUUCAAGGAAUGUGGCCAUCAGCAGAUGCCAAAAGGGACAAAAUGUGUGAUCUGCGUAGGACUCCUGUGCGAUGGAAAAAGUGGAUUAUGAUGAGCUGGCCAAAUACAUAUGGCAAAUACUGGACGUGAGGGGUGGAUACGCAAUAUGUAAGGACAUACAGGGCUGUGCCUCCUCCUGAUCUGAGACCAACAGAUGAGGUCAGUUAAGGUCAUCAUGGUGACAUUUGCUGAGACAGCACAGAUCUCUCCCAUGGAGCUGCAUGAGCCAGCCUGCCUGACGGCGACUUUAUCCCCUGGGCUGCGGCGGAAAAAGAUGCUGUGGCAGAAUGCUGUGAAACACAUCAUUAUCCAGCAGGAGCUCAGCGCCCAGGUGGGUGUGGAGCCAGCACGUAAAAUCUUUGUGACGGAUGCCUACAUGGAGGAAAUCAACAAACAAAUUCGCAACAAGGGGUCCCGCGGGGUCACAAAACGCCGCUCAUCUUCGUUCAGAGUGCAGCCCUCUCAGUCCCGUGGUUCCACCUGCACUCAUGGCAGUGUCAGGGGAUCCUUUAACGACUACGCCAGCGAUGCUGACUUUUUUGUGCACUGGGGUCACUCAAUUCGUGGAGUCUACAUACCCACCCUGAGGCACACCUUCAAGUCUCGUGAUCUGGAGAAACUCUACCAGCAGCACUACUCCCACCAAAGACGCAACUCUUUGGCCAUCACCAACGUCAUCGAUGCGGUGGCCAAGCUACACGUAUUGGUUCUGUACCUGGCACUGGCCCCUGAGGGGGUCCCAGACACUCUGCGCAGCUGCCUGACGGUUAUCUUCAUGGUUUUAGCUACGGCACUGUGCAUCACAGUGUUAACCUGCAAAGACUCCAUGUCCCCGCGGUGGCUUCACUACGCUGGCCUGGCUAGUUGGCUGUCUCAGACCACGCAGGUGCUGGGAGGACUGGUGUACGGACUGGAAAAAGACCCUUCGUGGUAUGUUUUGUUCACCUUGUUCGCCACAUACACACUGCUGCCAUUACCUCUGCUGUGGGCCAUCUGCGCCGGCUCCCUCACCUCAGUACUGCACCUUCUGCUGGAGAUAGUGCGCUGCUACAACGAUGCAGUGCUUUUGAGAAAGGUGUUUGCCAAAGGCCUGUUGUACCUGGGUAUGAACACAGCUGGCUUGUUCAUCCACUACCUCACAGACCAUGCCCAGAGACAGGUUUUCCUAGAGACACGGCGCUGCAUUGAGGGUCGCCUCAAACUAGAGCAAGAGAACCAGAGACAGGAGCGUCUGGUGCUGUCAAUUCUGCCUCGCUUUGUUGCCUUGGAGAUGAUCGCUGACAUGAGCUGUUUGGACGACGAACUCAGUCCUCACGAGUUUCACAAGAUCUAUAUCCACCAGUACAAAGACGUGAGCAUCCUUUUCGCAGACAUCAAGGGCUUCACUCUGUUGUCCAUGAAUCUGUCAGCACAGGAUCUGGUCCGUACCCUCAACGAGCUCUUUGGACGCUUUGACCGACUGGCAGAUGAGCACCACUGCCUGCGGAUAAAGAUACUGGGAGACUGUUACUACUGUGUAUCAGGGGUCCCUGAGCCACAGCGAGCCCACGCCCGUCAUUGUGUUGAGAUGGGCCUAGCUAUGAUCGACACCAUACGGUAUGUGCGGAAGCAGCUGAACUUCGACAUGGACAUGAGGAUUGGGAUCCACUCGGGCUCCGUCCUCUGUGGGGUGCUGGGCCUGCAGAAGUGGCAGUUUGAUGUCUGGUCUUGGGACGUAGGCAUUGCCAACAUGCUGGAGGCCGGGGGCAUACCAGGACGCAUCCACAUCUCGAGGGCGACUCUGGACUGUCUAGAGGGCACCUACAAGACAGAGGACGGUCAUGGCCGCGACAGGAACGAGUUUCUACUCAAACACAACAUCGACACUUUCCUCAUCUGCCCUCAGGAGGAAAAGAGCAAAGCUGACCUUACUGAGCGUCCAAAAAUACAGAAAACUACUCGAACCUGGACCCCAGAGAUGUCCUUUGGGAACGUCAUUGACAUGAACAGUAUCCUGGCCUCCUUUACAAAUGGUUCGCUGCCCAACAUAUGGCAGUCCAAUUCCAAGGAGAUUAACAAACGCAUCAAACACGCCGUUGAGGUUCGCAGCAGUGAGCGUAUGCACAGGGAGCACAUCACUCCGCUGACCCUGGUGUUCAAAGACGCACACAUUGAGGAGAAGUUCUCACAGAUGAGAGAUGAAAUAUUCAACUCCAACCUGGUCUGCUCCUUCAUCAUGCUCCUCUUUCUCAUGGCUGCCCAGGCCCUCAUUCCUGCACCCAGGUUGUUCCCUGCUGUCCUCCAGUUUUCAGUCUUUCUGCUCGCCUACAUGCUGCUGCUGCUGCUGGCUCUGGCCGAAGAGUUCAAGUGGACUCCUGCAGCACUGCAGCACUUCUGCUGCUGGAUACAUGAAAACAACAGUGCCCGCAAUCUCCUCACCCUCACCGCCAUUGCCAUCAACUUUGCCUUGGCCUCUACUGACAUGGUGUGGUGUAUCCUCUCAGACAUGGGAGAGGCUGAUGUAGUGGACAAAACCAACACGGCCUCACGUCCGCUCACUGUCUGCACUUACCCCGAGGCCUUUGUACUGAGUGUUGUGAUCGCUAUGGUGACUUGUGCCGUCUUCCUGCGUCUGAACUCUCUGCUGAAGCUGGCGGUGUUGCUGCUGGCGGUGGCUGUCUACUCCUACCUCAUCCACCUUGCCUUCCUCACACUCACACGCCAAGAUACACUGCACAGGUCUCACUAUGUCAGGAGAAAAGGGAUUUCCAUCCUUCUCAUGGCCAUGUUUAUUGUUGCUGUCUUCUACAAUGGACGGCAGUGGGAGGCCACUGCCAGACUGGACUUCCUGUGGCGUCUGCAGGCCCAGCAGGAAGUGGAGGACAUGAGGGAAUUGCGGGAACACAACGAGUGUCUAUUACACAACAUCCUGCCUGUGCAUGUGGCGCGACAUUUCCUGGACAGGAGCAAGAACGAUGAGGAGCUUUACUCCCAAUCCUACGAUGAAGUCGGCGUCAUGUUUGCCUCCAUCGCUGGCUUCAAUGAGUACUUUGAGCAGAAAGAGAUCAAACAUGAGGGAGUGGACUGCCUCCGACUUCUGAAUGAGAUCAUCGCUGGCUUUGAUGAGUUGUUGGAGGAGUCGUACUUCCACUACGUGGAGAAAAUAAAGACCAUUGGGAGCUGCUACAUGGCCGCCUCUGGCUUAGCUCCAGACAGACAGGCCUCUAUGGAUCAAUGGAAUCACCUAAGCGAGCUGGUUUUGUUUGCGUUGGCUAUGCAAGAGACCCUGAAAGGGAUUAACAGGCACUCUGCCAAAAACUUUCAGCUGCGUGUAGGCAUUGCCCACGGGCCAGUGGUGGCAGGGGUGAUUGGUGCCACCAAGCCGCAGUAUGACAUCUGGGGGUCGACGGUGAACCUGGCCAGCCGCAUGGACAGCACAGGUGUGAGCGGACGCAUCCAGGUACCAGAGGCCACACGCAGGAUCCUUGCAGACUGGGGUUUUGUCUUGGAGCUACGUGGAGAAAUCUUCGUCAAGGGGGUGAGUGAGCGUCAGGGGAAGGUCCGCACCUAUUUCAUCAGCACCAGACGCAGCAAGAGCGCCAACACCGGAACAGAUGGCCGCCUGGGAGGGCGGACAGGAGGACGCAUGACGCUAGCGGAAGUGGUGUUUGGUCUUGUGAAGGGCAAACACAAGGAAAAGAUGAGAGAGACCAACGGGGGGUUCAGUCUGGGUCCCUGCACCCUUCAGUGCUGAGGGCACUCUUCAGGUCAGGUGACCGCAGGCCUACAGCCAUAUAGUUUCUGCUGGUUUACAGGUUUGUUGUUUGGUCUUUCAUAUUUUACCAUAACUAAACUGCACAAACAGAAAUGAGGCUGAAGAGCAUUUGUUCCUUUUUCCUCCAAGACUGUGUCAUCCACGGCUUGCCUGUCAUUUAAAAAACAAAAAAACAAAAGAAGAAAUAUUAAAGGUUUUGAACUGGAUUAUGCUUAAUGGAACUCAUCCAUGAGUAGAUUUCAUAUAGAGAUGUGUGUUGUCAAGGACCAAACUGUCCAAUUAGCCUCUUUUAGUCUCAAUAAGCAUCUUGAGAUCACCACAUUUUUUAAUUGCCAUAUUUACAGAUUAUAAGCACUGUUUUCAGUUCGUUUUGAACAAAACUAACAAAGGCCAACAUGGCUUUUAUGUUGGGGGGAAUAAAACUCCAGUAAGUCCUCAGACCUCUAAGCCAAAAACACUGAAUACCUCAAAACAACCAGCCCAACCUCUCAUAUACUAUAUUGGCCUAUUCAGUACUGACAAGUGUUUUUUUUUUCUUACUGUGUUAUGUUGCAUCAGUCUCACAGUUUUUCAGUCCAUUUUGUAUUGUGAGUUAAUGCAUUAUUACGACUAAGCUACUUUUCAUACUAUCCUUUUUAAUGGGAGUUGUGUCACUGUAUUUUUCUUUGUCAGCAUAAAUCAGUCCCACUUUUUCUGAAUCAGUUGCUGCUUGGUUUCACAUUUUCGUACUUUAUUUUUUCUUUCUGUUAAUACUUUGAUCUUUUUAUUAAUAUAACACAUUCUCAUCAGCUUUCAUGUUGUUGUCACUGUCAGCGUUGCUCUGGAUUUCUGAGAAUUUUGUUAAACAUCUGAAAUUGACGAAUCACACAUUAGCCAAUUCAGAUUUGCCUCUUACACCAAUAUUCUCACUUCCGUUACUCAAUACAGUUAUAUAUGUUUUUAUGCCAAAACCACCUCACGUGACACUCUUCUUCUUGUAUACUAAAACUAAAAGACAACAGAAAGUUGUUUUGAUGAGUAAUAAUAAUUUAUUGAUACUUUAUGUGUUAGGCCUCUGGUAUAUUGUCAUUGUCAUAUUUAACAACAGCAACAAAAAAAAUUGCAACUGCAAAUUAUUUGGUCUUUUUUUUAUAUUUCAAAUGAAGGAUGUGAGAUAUCCUGAGGACUUUAUAGAGUCACUGGCUAUAUUAAAUCUUUUAAAAAACAGAUAAAUUGAAAAUAUAUAUAUGAAUGUUAAAGCACAAGCAACAGGUAAAAAAUUAAACAAAAGUCU